UAUCCGAAGAACGACUUCAAGUUGAAUGAUUGAUGAUAAGGAAGCUAGCUUGGUCACCUCAUUAUUAAACUGCCAAGAAAGGAAGACAGACGGCCGGCGUCCACACGUGCGUAACAUGACGCAGCCAAGCAGCAGCCAAGGAUUUGACUACUAGUCUGGUGGCAGUACACCUUUCUCUGCCUCUUUUUCCCAUUCUUCACGGUUGCUAUUUAGUCUCCAUCCUUCGCUUAUCAUUUUCAGUCAUCUUUUUUAACCCCUCCCGGCAUCCCGGGACCAUGGACAACACACCCAUCUGGCCACUUCUGUCUACUGUAUUCCAGUCAAUUCUAGAGGUGUUUCUGCUAUGUCUCGCAGGCUACAUACUCGCAUGGUGCCGUAUUAUUGACAAGCCCACUCAACGCGUGAUAAACCAUAUCAACAUCUCCUUGUUUACCCCUGCGCUCCUGUUUUCUAAAGUCGCAUUCUUCCUAAGUCCAGCAAAACUCAAGGAACUAUGGAUUAUUCCGAUUUUCUUUAUUGCCGUCACCGUUUUCUCUGCCAUCGUGGCGAGUGUCCUUUCGAAGAUAUUUAGACUGAAGAAAUCUCAUCACAACUUCGCUGUGGCUGCUUCGAUGUUCAUGAAUUCGAACUCGCUACCCAUCGCUCUGAUGCAGAGCCUUGUGAUCAGUGUGCAAGGCCUUAAAUGGACUCCAGACGACAACACGGACGCAAUGCUGGGUCGUGCGCUCACGUACCUUGUACUGUAUAGUACUCUCGGGAUGAUGCUUCGCUGGAGCUACGGCGUGCGUUUGCUCUCCUCUGCAGAUACUCCACCUACGCCAACCUCUCCCCAUUCGCCCCUACUUGCAGAUGUACCAUGCGAUGCUGAAGGAGCCCAAUACGCUGAUAAUACAUCACUAUCAGAUGGGUCGACGCUAAGCGAGCACCAUGGUUCAUCCAUGUUCCAACCCACGAAUCCCUCUCAUCACUGGCAAACUCAGGUGCACCCUACAAGCCCUUCACAUCACUGGCAAUCCCAAGCCCGCACCCAAGCUGUACUUGUGACUUCGUCUCCCGAUGACACAGAUGACAAUGAUCAAGAUACAGCGUGUGAGAUUCCCAUCUCAGAGCCUGCGGGCCAUAUCUACGGACAGCUGCGUCCGCACCACUCGCCAUCACACCUUCACCUCUCACCAACUCACGCACUCGAACAGUCGUCACUUUCGCAUCCACGCUCUCCACACUCACCGCAUCCAUCACGGAACACAGCUAUAUAUCACUCCUUCCCAAAUUCUCCUGUGCGGGAACAUGCGCCUUUUGUCUCAGACAGUGUCACGCCCGCAGACUCGGAGGACGAGAUAGAAGAUGGGACAGAAGUUACAAGUGAGGCUCUCGGUCGUCGACACCAUAAGAGACCGCACACUGGUCUCCGUCACGUCUGGAAGUGCACCAAAAAUGGAUGGCGCCAUGUUAAUGCGUUUAUGACGAUGCCACUAUGGGCUUCCCUCCUUAGUCUCAUCGUUGCGUGUACACCGCCGCUCCAAUCUGCGCUCGAACGCAUGGAACCUGUGAAAGGCGCGCUUGGUGCUGCAGGCAACUGCAGUAUACCACUAACACUCGUGGUGCUUGGGGCAUACUUCUACUCGGAACCUCCCAAUGAUGACAUGAAAGAUGGAGAUCUGGCGGACUACGAGACAGACGGGACAAGGCGGGACUUUGGACAGAACAAGUCCCGCACUUCACUGCUCAGCACCCUCCAGGAGAUGCUAGCACUCAAACGUGCACCGCAGCCGCAACCUCAGACGCGAGGGGAAGGCAAGACGGUGUUCGUGGCGAUCCUUGCAAGGAUGGUAGUCGUCCCGGCUGUGAUGCUUCCCGUGUUGGCGAUUCUUGCGAGGUUUGAUGUUCAUGAUAUCUUUGAGGACCCCGUGUUCGUGGUGUCAAAUGUGCUCUUGAUAGCAAGUCCACCAGCUCUGACGCUCGCGCAGAUAACGCAAGCUGCCUCGAACGACUCAUUUGAGAGGCUAAUAUCACGGACGGUUUUCUGGUCGUACUGCGUCGUCACCCCACCAAGCACGAUUUUGGUCGUCCUUCUGGGUUUGCUGAUUGCGAAGCUGUAAUUUAGAUGGUUGUUACACUUUUCUGCUCAUCAUGAUUCCUUGAUAGCCGAAUGACGGAUGUCAGAUUUUUUAAUAUCUUUUCAUCUUAUUUACUGGGGGACCAUGGGUGCUCUUUGGCGUAUUUUUGUUGACAGGGCGGACGAGUUUGCAUAUGUGCGCACUGAUCUAUUGCCGAUUUCAUAUACUUUGUAUUGGUCUUCUGGGACUUUUUGGUAUACCAUCCUCUCAGGUAUCGAUGAGCAUGAGAUUGAAUGCGAGUUUCGCCCGAAUACUACUCGAUCGUUCAUCUUC